UGCAACUUUCGGGUACCUCCGGAACCCUAAUCAUCUUCUUUGCUUCUGCUUUAUCAGACAUAGUUGCAUUUACUGUUAGUAUAUAAUGUUUCAGACUUUCAGUACUAUCCUUCGCCUAGUCUCGUUAAUUCAACCUCUGUAUUAGCGAUUCGGUUCACUAUUUCGUUGCUAGUAAUCGCAAUGUGACCUUGAUCGGUUUCGACUUUAGUGGCUUACUGUUCUGUAGUGUGUGUAUUGCUCGGUCAUUUCAUCUUUCCGGCUAUGUAUUCCUAAUUGUUAAACUCAAUUUGUGUUGCAUCUAAUUUUUGGUUGAUUCUGUGUUCUAUUGUUUGUUUCAGUUUUAUAUCGAAGGGCUAUCACUGGUUUUGUGCUGCGGAAUGGAAAGGAUGCUUGUUCCUAACUGCAACUGUUUUGUAUGUUUUUCAGGUUCCUAAUUGUUUGUGGCAGACUGGCAGCUCUUUGAUUAGGCCUUUUUGGAAGAGUUCAGGUCCCUGCACUCUCUACACACAAGUAUUAAGAUCUCAGCCCCAUAAAGAGAAGACUUGAAUCUAGAGCAGUUGCAGAAGACCGGACCAGUUCAUCAUGGCACUCAAUUCAUUCUCAGCUUCAGCAGGUUAUAGUAGUUUUCACAUUCCUGUUAAUCCACAGUCUGAUACAGAAUCCAGUACUACUAUCACCAUAAGUGAACCAUCAUCGAGCAAUGGUAGAUCAAGUCAGCCUGGUUUUGGCACUACUAGUAGCCCAACAUUGGGCACUAUCACCAUAAACCCAAGUUCUGGCACUAGCAUCACCAUAACGCCAACUUCUGCAACUACUAUCACCAUAACCUCCAGUUCGGCCUCCACUACUGUCACCAUAGCUCCAACUUCUGGCACUACCUCAACUUCUACAUCUGGACACACUCCAUUUCCAUCUCCCUUCGCUGUGCCUUCCCAAGUGUCUCAGCCAUUUGAGACUAGUACUUCUACCUUCAACAGAAUUAACAAUUUUGAUCAAACAGAGCCAGGCAACAGAGGUGGCUUUGGCCCUUCAUUAUUUAAAAGAUCGCAGAAUAGCUCCGGAAUAUGGUUUGGUAGUGCAUGCCCUGCUACAAAUCCGUUUGGAAUGCUCCCUGAAAGGCCUCCUCAGCUUUCAUUUGGUCAUUCUGCUCCUUCACCAUCAGUUCAAGACGGAAUUUUGGGAUCUUUGACAGCUACGAUGGAAGAAUCCAUUGAAAACCAAACUGAUGUCGCACUGAGAAUCACAAAAAAGCUGCUUUUGACUAAAGGCAAGGACAAGAACAUGGUCUACUCUCCUCUGUCCAUCCAUGUGGUUCUUAGCCUGAUAGCAGCUGGGUCGAAAAAGGGCUAUCCCCAGGACGAGAUGCUCAAAUUUCUCAAAGCCAAAUCCACCGAGCAGCUCAACGAUCUUGCCUUGAAGCUCAUUCCCCUGGUCUUUGCUGAUGGAUCCCCAAGUGGCGGUCCUUGCUUGUCAUUAGCCAAUGGUGUUUGGGUUGAAAUGUCUCUCCCUGUCAUGGCUUCCUUCAAACAGGUAGUGGAGAAUGCGUACAAGGCAGUUCUAAAGCAAGUGGAUUUCAUGACCAAAUCUGAGGAAGCACGAUGCGAAGUAAACUCAUGGGCGGAGAAGGAGACCAGAGGCCUCAUUAAAGAUCUUCUUCCACCUGGAACAGUUGACAGCACCACAAGGAUCAUUCUUGCAAAUGCCUUAUACUUCAAAGGAGCUUGGGAUCAGAAGUUUAAUGAAACAAGAACAAAGAUGUUUGAUUUCCACCUUCUCAGUGGGAGGUCAGUUAAGGCACCCUUCAUGACCAGUUGGAAGGACCAAUUUAUAAGUGUCUUUGACGGUUUCAAAGUCUUAAAGCUUCCUUACAAACAAGGUGAAGAUCACAAUCGGCGCUUCUCCAUGUAUGUGUUUCUUCCAAAUGCAAGUAAUGGGCUGCCAUCUCUGGUUGAGAGAGUUUGUUCAGAGGCUGGGUUUUUAGGUCGCUAUCUUCCUUGGACAAAAGUUGAAGUUAAUAAAUUUUUAAUCCCAAAGUUUAAGAUCACUUUUGGCUUUGAAGCUUGUCAAUUUCUGGAAACUUUAGGUCUGAAGUUGCCAUAUUUGUCAGAGACUGUUGUUGGUGAUGAACCAGUUGUUGAAUUGAUGAUACAUAAGUCCUUCAUUGAAGUUAAUGAAGAAGGCACAGAAGCUGCCGCUGCGACUGCUGCUGUUGGGUUUGGUUAUUGCUCUGCUUCUCGUCCGGUGAUUGAGAAGAUAGACUUUGUGGCAGAUCACCCAUUCCUUUUUCUGAUCCGAGAAGAAGCAACUGGAGCUGUGAUGUUCAUCGGGCAUGUCCUCAAUCCCGUUGCAGACUGAUCUUACAUCUACUAGCUAGCCAAGUCCUCUUAGGCUAUUAGGCUGUAAAUGUUUCUACUUGGGUCAUUUUUUUUAUCAAGAACUAUGUUUUGAAAUGUCUCUAACAAAUCAAUAUGAGGAUAUGGUAUUAAAAAAUCUCACUGAUUGUAUCUAUAGGUUCCUGUUCUUUGAACAAAGCAUGAUCAUGUGCCAAUGAAGUUCUGCGCUUGAUCGA